AUGUGUAUUAUAUUGAAUUCAAAUGAGGAUUUACUAUUUUCUGGAAGUUCUGACUAAUCAAUUAAAGUUUGGAAGGUUGAUUUUAAUCAAAAUAAAUUGGCAUUUCUGUAUUCUUUGGAUAAACAUAGUAAUAUAGUUGUGUCUUUAAGUUUAAAUUAAUCAGAAAAAUAACUAGUUUCAUGUGCAUAUGGUUAGAAUUAAAUAAUUAUUUGGGAAAGAAGAGAAAAAGAUAAAUUUGAAUUCAAAUAUUUUGUUAAAUAAACAAUUAAAAACUAUGGGUUGAAAGUUAAGUUCAUCAAAGAGAAUUAAUUUAUUUUGAUAAUUGGUGAUAUAGAUAAACUUUAUGUAUUUGAAUUAAAAUAAGGAGUCUAUUAAGAAAAAUAGGAUAAGAUAAUUCAAUUAAUUACAAAUAAUGAAAUUUGUGAUUAAUUUAGUUUUCCAAUAAUUUAUAAUAAGGAGAGGAAUUUAAUAUUAGUAAGACAUAAGAAAUAUAUAUAUAUCAUUAGAGAAAUUAAGGAUGGGAAUUACAAAAUUGAAGAUUCAUUAAAUUGUGACACUUACGUAAUUUAUGGAAAUAUCACAAAUAAUGGACAAUAUUUGGUGUAUUGGGAUGACAAAAAUUAAGCAUAUUCAACUUAUGAAUUAUUAAAUAAAUGA